ACGACGGGCGGAGCUAGAAAUGGCAGUCCAUCUCCGCCAUCGUCGCUUCCCAUGAAAAUUGACCGACUUUGGCUCUCUCCUUGCUGCCAGUCUCCUUCCACUACUAAAACCCCAUUCCUCAACUGCAAUCUUUCUCCCUUCACCGGUCACCGCCGCUUCUCCUCCGUCGUUCCUCUCCUGUGAGAGGGAAACAUGAACAAAGAAAUGGGGAACAGCACCAAGUUAUUGGAGUUAGUGAAGGAGAGAUCAAUGUCUAAGAAGGUGGAGGAUGAAGGGAAGGAGAAACAAGUCUCUUCUUACCUUGACAAAGAUUGCAUCACAAGCAUUCUCAUGAAGCUACCACUUGAAUCACUGCCAUCUUCGAGGUUUGUUUGCAAGGCGUGGUACGAUAUCAUCAACAGCCUUCCCUUCAUCAACAACCGUCUUGAGCAGUCUGAAUCCGUUUUGAUAUACGUGAAACCGACCCCCAUGGGUAGCUCCCAUCAUUAUUCCUCUCCAACAUCAACAUCUUCGAACCGGGGAAACAAGUUUUCAGUUGAAGGGAAAGUGCUUCAAUCACAACCGCUCAACAUGUUUGCAUAUCAGAUGGCUAAUAGAUCUUCCAAAUUUAGCAUCAACUUUGUUGAGUGCAGAGAAGGGAAAGGUGUUACUGGCGAUUAUGGGAUCGAAUGCCUGGGUAGCAUUAGAGCAGCAUGCAAUGGUUUCAUCCUGCUCGACAAUAGACUAAAAAAAGGAGGGGUCUUGGUCAUGAACCCUGUCACCAGGAAUCUCCUUGCUCUUCCUGUGGGUACAUUGACCAGUCCUGAAUGGGAAUCAUACGGAUUUGCCUUGACCGGUGGCAGGUACAAGGUGGUCCACUUGUUCAUGGACGACAUGAAAUACAUUGCCUGCGAGACACUCAACCUCGGCUCAAGAUCAUGGAAGCCAGUGAACGGACCUCCCUCUGGGCGGCUUCCUCGUUUUGGUUUCAGUCCUGUCUCGGCCAUUGGAGCGCUGCAUUGGCUUCCAACUCUUUCUUCUGACAACAACUUCACAGUGUCUAUGGAUCUGGAAACUGAAAAGUUCCACCUCGUACCGCUCCCCAAGAUUUGUGGGACCCACGAUCGGAUUCUCGAAAUGGGCAGCCUCUUGGGGUUCAUCACUCAUGAGGAUCUCCACAUAGAUGUAUGGAAGCUGAAGAGUGUUGUAGGCCAGGGUGAUGAUGCCGUGUGGACGAAGCACCAUAAGAUUACCAGAGGCAGCUUAAUCGACAUGGUCCCCUUGUUUUGCUUGAGGAUCAAGGGAGAUGUGAUCUUCAAGAGGCAUGAAGGUGGUUCGGUUUAUUCGUACGAUUUUGAGUCAGAGACAAUGACUAUGGUUGAGAUGGAUGAGAUGGAUGAGGAGUUUCGAUUCUAUGCCAAUUUGCUGCCUCAUGUCAACAGCCUUGGUUCUUGGACUGCUGCUACUCAGAAUCUGAUGUGAAUCGAAUUGUUGAUGAUGAUGAGUCUUUUACAUACAUUGUUUUGGUAUACUGCUUGUCAAUUCCACUCCCUAGAUUUACUUUCUCGUCAAUAUAUUGUGUUGAACAGAUCUAGCAGUUGCUUAUGGCCAUAUCAUAUCAUGCAUUGAUAAACCAAACUGUCCUGCAGUCUUGUUUUGUGAUAUCUCUUGGUCUGAGUGAAGGUAAAUUUCAGCCACUUUAACAUCCG